AUGGAUCAUAGCUACCGGGAGCAAUUAGUGACAUAUUCGACUUGUUUUCUUGAAGAAAAUGCAGUCCUGUAUCAAAACUACAAAGAAAAGGCCCUUGAUAUUGACUCUGAUGAAGAAUCGGAGCCCAAAGAACAGAAGCCAGAAGAAAAGAUUGUGAUUCACCAUAAGCCACUGAGAUCCACAUGGAGCCAGCUCUCUGCGGUGAAAAGAAAUGGGCUGUCUCAAACAGUGAGCCAGGAAGAAAGAAAGAGACAAGAGGCCAUCUUUGAAGUCAUAUCCUCUGAGCACUCAUACUUACUCAGCUUGGAGAUCUUGAUACGGAUGUUUAAAGAUUCUAAAGAAUUGAGUGACACAAUGACUAAAACCGAGAGGCAUCACCUUUUCUCCAACAUUACAGAUGUCUGUGAGGCCAGCAAAAAAUUCUUUACAGAGUUAGAAGCAAGACAUCAGAAUAACAUCUUCAUAGACGAUAUAAGUGACAUUGUAGAAAAACACACAGCAUCCACAUUUGAUCCCUAUGUGAAAUACUGCACCAAUGAAGUCUACCAACAGAGAACGCUACAGAAGUUGUUAGCUACCAACCCCUCCUUUAAGGAAGUAUUGUCACGGAUUGAGUCUCAUGAAGACUGCAGGAACUUACCCAUGAUCUCUUUCCUCAUUCUCCCCAUGCAGAGAGUGACCCGCCUUCCCCUGCUGAUGGAUACUAUAUGUCAGAAAACACCUAAGGACUCUCCGAAGUAUGAAGUCUGCAAAAGGGCCUUGAAGGAAGUAAGCAAGUUGGUGCGGCUCUGCAAUGAAGGAGCCCGGAAGAUGGAAAGGACGGAGAUGAUGUACACCAUUAAUUCCCAGCUGGAAUUUAAAAUCAAGCCUUUUCCCCUCGUCUCCUCUUCCCGGUGGUUGGUGAAAAGAGGGGAGUUGACAGCCUACGUGGAAGACACGGUGCUGUUCUCCAAGAGGAUGUCCAAACAACAAGUCUACUUCUUCCUCUUCAACGAUGUGCUUAUUAUCACUAAGAAGAAGAGUGAAGAAAGUUACAAUGUCAAUGAUUACUCCUUGAGGGAUCAGCUGCUGGUGGAAUCCUGUGACAAUGAAGAGCUUAAUUCUUCUCCAGGGAAGAACACUUCCACGAUGCUCUACUCCAGACAGAGCUCUGCCACUCACCUCUUCACUCUGACUGUCCUCAGCAACCACGCCAACGAGAAGGUGGACAUGCUGCUUGGGGCUGAGACCCAGAGUGAGCGAGCCCGCUGGAUCACAGCCCUGGGACAGAGCAGUGGGAAGCAGCCACCAGAUCGAACCACACUGACCCAGGUGGAAAUCAUUAGAUCUUUUACUGCCAAGCAGCCAGAUGAACUCUCCCUGCAGGUGGCAGAUGUGGUCCUCAUUUACCAGCGUGUUGGCGAUGGCUGGUAUGAAGGGGAACGACUUCGAGAUGGAGAAAGGGGCUGGUUUCCAAUGGAAUGUGCAAAGGAGAUAACAUGCCAAGCUACUAUUGAUAAGAACGUGGAGAGGAUGGGACGUUUGUUAGGACUGGAAACCAAUGUGUAACCUCGAAGAUGGCCAAUAAAACGGGGGCUAGUGUUCCCGUUAUCACGGUCUGCUUAAUUAAAACAGUGGAAACACAUGCCUGUAAGCUUGCCAAGUUGUUCCGUACCCUCGGAAGAACAGCUACCAGAUGCAGUUAGUCCAUAGAGCUCAGUUUUUGCAUAAUGACGUUCCUGAGAACCUCUUUGAGUCCACUGAACAGUCUACUUCAGGGAUAGCAACAGUCUUCAGCUCCUUCCACUUCCACUGUUCUGUAAGAUGCUGUGUUUGGGCUUCUCUGUCCUCAGCUCACUUAGAACCUUGCUCUUCCCCCAUAAUUUUCUCCUUUGUAUGGUCCCACAUCAUACAUCAGCAAGUUUGUCUGUACUGAGUGUCCACUUUGUAAAUACUUUUUGUGUCUUAGUCUAAUGCUGUUAAUUUCAAAAGGAACUAAUAAGAGUUCAUUAGGUGAGCUGUCAUGUUUUGUAAACCUCUUUCUACGAAAGGGAAAUUGACACUUGAACUUUGCUACCAUUUUCCUCAUUAGAAGGAAAGUGAGGAGCCACCCAGUGAGGAUUUUUAAAAAUCCAUCUCAUUCAAUAUUGGUCUGAGAUAACUUUAGCUUAAUAAAACUAACCUACUAAAAUGACAUGGGCUUUACACUUCACAUAUGUGAGGACAUCUGGAAGACAGGAUAUUAUGGGUCAACUGCUGAAGAACUGACGUAAGACUGCUUUGCCUUCAGUAACACAUGGUUCCUGACUGUUCUACUUGUUUUCAAGUAGAAAGUGACUGGAACACACGUUAACAAUCUUAAGGAAGAGAAAAUUAAGCUUAGACAGUAUCAAGAUGCCAACAAGGUACUUGCUUGAAAUAUUUUGACCUUAACAGGAAUUCAUUGCACUCAAUACCCGAUGGCUUGGUUUGGAGUCUCUUUUAGCUAUGAGUUUCUAUAGGACUUUAUUCUCCACCCGUACAGAGACAACAAAGUAUACUAGAGUUCAUUAAACAGUGAUGAAGUUUUAAAAGAUUUACAGGAAAAAUUAUUUUCAUUUGGUAGCUAUAACCCCUCUCUAUUCUGUUCACCAAAUAAAAUCUAAAUAUAGAUUAUGGGAGGGCUCAGAUCUUUGUCCUGUGUCUAUGCUCCUGUCUAUACAGCACCUAAGCCAUACUGUUCCAGAAGUCCAGUGUGUAGGUGUGCUUGGCUUACACCCUGCAACCCAUCCACCUCAGCAGUGAGCCAGAAUAGAAAUCCCAGGGGCUUUCUCACCUUUGAGUUGCUUUCCUUCUGCUUGUAUAUGUAUUCCUUGCAAAAGACAUUCCAGGCCCCGUGUUCUCUGAGGUAUGAGUAAGUAUGUGAAUGAAGCAAUAGCAGUGACCCACAGCAAGAGACGUCUCAAGAGUAUAAAACAGGAAGUCUCUCUCUCUCCUCUUCAAUAGUGUCACAAACGUUUUAGAAGAAAUGCUAACAAAUUAUAGUUUAAUCUAAUGUCAUGUUUUACUUAGGACAAAAGGUGUUGCUUGCAAGAAGAAUCAUUUUGUAUUUUUUGCUAAUACCGAUUUGGAGCUAUAACAUAACACUAUGGAUCCUGUGAAUUAAUUUAUAAAUGUUAAGCAGUGUGGAAAUGUAUGUCUCCUUUAAGUCAAGCAGCUGAACACUGUUAUUCAAGUGUCCCUGUACAGCAGGUAUUGAAAAGCCACGGUGUUUCAUUUCAACUGUUUGUUUUUAACACAACAGUUUUUUUUUUCAAACCUUUUUUUUAAAAAAUGCCUUCUUUGAAAUGUACAGUAACUUCACGCCUGCAAAACAGAAAUGUUACUUUCAUUCCAAUAAAUUGAACCUGCUUGUCCACUUUCAACAAGCUUGUGAAUCUAUAAAGAUUUUAUAGAUACUUGU